AUGGCGGCUUCGUUCUCACUCACCAGCUUUAUCUCCUUCAUCUCUCCAUUCAAAUCUCCCACCAAAGCUACUCCUCCACCGAAUCUCCAUCUUCCUUCUCCGACGAUUUCCCAAAGACGUAGAAAUGAUCUCACUAUCGAAUCAAUGGCGAUCGAGGAACCACCUUCCUCUACCUCUUCACUUUCCUCUGAAAUCUCCUCUGUGAUAUGCCCUUCGCUUGCUUACUCGAACACGCUCUUCUUCAGUUCCGGAUACAAUGUCCAGGUGUUUGUCGAAGAUAACGAGUCAGAGGAGAGGUUGGUGAAUCGAUUUAGAAGAGAAGUGAUGAGAACUGGAGUUAUACAGGAAUGUAAACGUAGGAGAUACUUUGAGAACAAACAAGACGAGAAGAAACGAAGGACUCGUGAUGCUGCUAAGCGUAAUAAGAAAAGGCGUCCUCAAGCAAGUUGCAUGUUGUUGAUUUCUCCAAGAGAAACCACAAGCAAGGAGAGGUAA